AUCAUCAAUUCCCUAUUGACCUAACAAAUGUUGCCAAAGAUCAUACCAAUUUGGAAAAUGAUCAAUUACAAUCCCUGUACAGACGUUUGUGUAUAUUAAAUCGUUGUGCCAAUAUGCGUGUAGAUCAAUCUCAUAAAACUCAAACGCCCCAGAAAGAGGAUUCAGAUGAUGAAAAUUUUGCUUUAAGCGAAAACUGGACAUUCCAACCACAUAUACGACGCUGGUCGCGUAUUGGUGAAAUGGGUCUUGAAAUACCACCUGCCGCCAAAUUACAAGCGCCGAAAAAAACCGAAUCAUCUUCCAAAGAAUCUAGUCCCGAUCGUUUUGAGGACGAUUCAUAUGAUGUAUCGGGAGCUGGUCUCACUUUAGCCCUACCCGGCACCUAUACUGAUGAUUCUACAGAUCCUGCUUUAAAUGAUAGCACAGAUCUUAAUUCGAGUCCUUUGAGAAGGACGGGUAGCGAGAGAUUAAAAGAUGGUGCUAAAGCCAUUUUACGUAGAGUAGAAUCCAUUAAAUCGAGAAGACGAAAAAGGCAAGGUUUAGUAUUGAGUGGUCAAGCCUUAGAUCUCUCACAACUGGGACAGAGGGCAAGUAUGCGUAAACCAGACGCUGUAUAUUCUACACCACCCUCACCGUCAGCGGUUAGUCCCAUGCAUGGUUUCAAUAAGGCUCCUAUAUUUGGUAAUGAACUAAAGGUACCAUCUCAGAGUGACAAUUUCUUAAGUCCUAAUCGAAACAGUCCCAAGAGAACACCCACCACUCCCAGAUCCAUGAGAGCAAGUCCGCUGCAUUUCUUUACCAACACUAUGCCCUAUUUGAAGGAAGGCAAAUCGGAUGAUUCCUCUUCGUACUAUAGCGAUAGUCAAGAAUCUUCCUCCACCACUAAUAAAUUGGCUUUACGUAAAACACCUUGUAAGACGCGCAGAUUUUUACAGCGCACGGGAAAGGUAGACGAUAUAGGAGCCCACUCCGACUCCGAGUGUCAUCAGGGUAGAAAAUUACUUAUAAAAGAUGCCAACUCUAAUACAACCGAAGUUAAAGUUAAGAAAUUAUCACGAGGAGGUUCAUUGAAUUUGGGCAGAGAUGGUAAAAAACGGGAUGGUUUUCGUUCGGCCAGUUUUAGAUCUAGAUCAACAACAAGAAAGGAACCAAAACCAGAAGAACCCAGUGAAAGUGUUAAGAGAACCCCCGUUGUUAGAUGGCACAGUUUUCAAUUGGAAGAACGACCCCACAUGAUAUUCCGUAAGUGUUUUCAACAAAAGAAUGAUCCACAUUCCAAUGAGCAUGGCAUACUGUUCGCUGCCAUGUCAGCGGGUCAAUUACAAAUGAUACGCAAACUGGCCCUGGUUACUCUAACCGGCUAUAUGGAACGCUAUUGCCCCACACACCGUUCUGGCUGGAAUUGGGAAUUGCCGAAAUUUAUCAAGAAAAUCAAAAUGCCCGACUAUAAGGAUAAGAAAGUAUUUGGUGUACCUUUACUUCUAAUCUUACAACGUUCGGGUCAAACAUUACCCAUUGCGGUGAGGGCGGCCUUCCGCUGGUUACAGUUAAAUGCUUUAGAUCAAAUUGGUCUCUUCCGUAAGAGUGGUGUUAAAUCGAGAAUUUUAAAAUUGAAAGAACUAAUUGAAUACUCAGAAUCUACGGCAGAAUGCAUGGAUGUGUUUGAUACACAACAGGCAUAUGAUGUGGCCGAUAUGUUGAAACAGUAUUUCAGAGAUUUGCCCGAAUCGUUGUUGACCACCAAAAUGUCGGAGACAUUUGCGGCCAUAUUUCAACAUUUACCUCCCGAAGUCCGUUUGGAUGCUGUACAAUCUGCCGUCCUUUUGUUGCCCGAUGAGAAUCGUGAAAUUCUAUAUGCCUUAUUAGAAUUUUUAACAUUAGUCGCUGCCAAUUCCCAAUACAAUCAAAUGACUGCCAAUAACUUGGCAGUAUGUUUGGCUCCCUCCCUAUUCCAUAGCAGUAUAUCAACGGGUAGUAACUCAGUUACUGCCUCUCCACGACGCAAAGGCAAAGGUUCAGGGGUACCCGAUGCCAAGGAGCUAUUUGAAGCCAAGGCUUCUCAUGAGUGCCUGUCCUUUAUGAUAGAACACUACAAGCAAAUCUAUACAGCCCCCAAAGAAAAGCUAGGCAAGUGUAAAUUUGGUUACAUGGAAGAAUCGAAACCUUUGCCAUUGGAGGCCUUAGGAGAAGGCAUGCAAUUUCAUAACUGGCGAGGUUAUUUAUAUGAAAGUACCAGUGCCACCAUUAAAGAGGGAAGAGAAAAAUCGCGUGGAUGGAUUACUAUAACCUCCUUGGCUGAUCCCAAUGUUGAAAUUGCCUAUAAAAAAGUAGGUGAUGGUCAUCCCUUACGUUUGUGGCGUUGUAUAACGGAAAUCGAGGGUCCUCCCAAAGAUGUUUUAGAUUAUAUUAUACGUCAACGUGCCUCCUGGGAUCCUAAUCUGUUACAAAGUCAAACCAUUAAGAAAUUUGAUGAUUGUACGGAAAUUUUCCAAUAUGCCAUCGAUGGUCAACAGUGUACAGAUUUUGUAAUUUAUAUUUUGGUAUUUCAUUUUUCUAGAUCCUGGCGCACUGAUUUACCUAGAGGUGCUUGUGUUAUUGUUGAAACCUCUAUAGAUCAUGCCAAGGCAAAGCCAAUGUUUAAUGCUGUACGAGGUGUGGUAUUGGCCUCUCGUUAUCUCAUUGAACCCUGUGGUAGUGGUAGAUCAAGGGUUAUGCAUUUAGCAAGAGUUGAUGUCAAGGGUAAAACUCCAGAAUGGUAUAAUAAAAGUUAUGGUCAUAUAUCAUCACAUUUCUUAACCAGAAUACGAUUGGCUUUUAAAAAUGUUGCCGAAGGACCAGAAAGUAAAGUCUAAUAGAUUGAACAAAUUGGUAUAGUAGGAGUAAAAACAACAAACAAAUAUCCUUAAUAAUAAACUACAAAAACAAACAUCACAAAACCUAGAACAACAUGAGUUUUUAGACAUGUUGUGGAAAACCAACAAAGUAAACCAAAAGUACUGAUUUUAAUUUAAUAUUUUGGAUUUUACAAACAAAGAUAUUUAUUUUUUGUAUUUUUUAUGAAAAAGUCUCAAACAAACAUAUUUUUAUUUGUUAAAAAAAAUAUAUAUGUACAGACCAUAUACAAAUGUUUAAUGUUAAAAGAAAAACUAAAAGUGUUAUUAUAGAAAACCCUUAAAUGUUAUACAAUAACUGUUAUAUAUAUCUUAAUGUAUGAAUGGACCAGGAAUUUAAAAUUUUAUUUAUAUAAGACAAACAAAUUACAGAACCAUCUAAAGCAUUUUUUUUAAUCACUGAUAAUUUUUUAGAAAACAAAAAACAACCAACCAACAAAAUGAAUUUUAUUUUGUAAAUAUUUUAACUUUUUUU